AUUAUUACAGUGCAUUUGCCUUUUAUAAUAGCGGUGCAGUUGAAGGGUAGAGAUGCUAACAAGCUGGUGAAAUGGGAGACCUUGCAGAAGGAGAACAUUCUGGCUCUCGAGAACAAAAAAACAAAGAGGGACAGACUAAAACGCAUAACUGCUAAAAUGGAGAGUGUCAUCAAACAGGUUGGUGAGAUCAGAGAUGUUGACUGUGAGCACUAGAAUCAGAUAUGGAGUACUGCACAUCUUCUCUUCAGUGGAUAAUGGAAGCUCUGUCUCAGAGCAGUACAGUGAAGAGCACUAAAGCACACCCGACUCGCAAAGCUCCUCAUUUCAGCCUCCAUUGAGAAAUGAAAAAGAGCCUUCUUUCCUGUAUUCGUCUUCUGUAUCUCAAUCUCAUGGACACGUGAACCAAGAAGCUGGAGAGAGUCAGUGAAAGGAGGGGAAAUGACGUGUCAAAAAACUACCCGUAUUGUUCUGGUUUCCAUUUUUAAACUUGUCACCCUGGCCUUUUCACUGUUCAUCCUGCUCUUACAAGUUUAGUGCUCCCAAAUGACCUCUCUUCAUAUUGCAUGUGAUUGUGGGAAGAGAACAGGGCACAGAAUGUCCUUGAACUUACAAUACACCGCAAGGCAAAGUAAUAAUAAAGGGCAUUAGGAGCGUGUCUUGUGCAUGUGGCCCUGUCAAUCAUCUCAGUAUGUUCCUCUGUUCUACACCAUUCUCUGAAUGGUGCAAAUGUACAUGUGACCAUAUAACCGAGACCAGCACCUUCUCUGUCACUCAACUCUCUCUCUAAUUCCCAAUGGUGGAUCCAGUGACUGCAUUUCCAAGUACUUGGUCCAAAGAUCCAAAGAUCUUGGAUGUUUGAACCCCAUAAGAACUGCUCCUCUUGGGUGGAUACAAACACAUUUUUUAUAAACUGUUUUGUGUGUGUGUGUGUGUGUGUCUGUGUGUGUGAGGGAGUGACUGCAAGAUGGUAGCUUCACGUAGCUGGCUGUUGGGGCUUAUCGUAGCUCUGCUUUGCACUGGAUCGUUCAGGGAUUCUGUGCAGGCUGAAGAAAGACUGCAAAGUGAGGAAGUCGAGGUGCUGAGGGGUCUAAACCUUACUGGAGGUGAGAAAGAGGAGGUGGCUGAUGAGGAGGAGGGUGGAAAUAUAUCUGACGAAGCUGAUGAAGAUGCGGGAGGAGAUGGGGAAACAGAGGAAGCUGAAGACGAGGACGAUGGAAAGGAAGCUUCUGAGGAAGAGAUGACACCAGAAGAGGAGAUAACUAAGGAGGAAGAAGCAGCUGAGCUUGAAGUGGAAGAUGCUGAGGAGGAGGAAGAGGAGGAGGCCGAAGAAGGAGCAGAUGAAGAGGAAGUAGCAGAGGAAGAUGAUGAGGCAGAAGGAGUAGAAGAUGAAGAGCAAGCAGCAGAGGAAGAGGUAGAAGAAGCAGAAGAGGAGGAUGAGCAGAUGGAGGUAGAUGUAGAAGAAGAAAUAGCAGAAGAAGAGGAAUCAGCACAACAGACAACAGAGGAAGAAAAAACAGCAGCAGAGGAUGAGGGAGCACCAGGUGAGGAAGAGGAAGAGGCAGAUGGGGAAAAGGUAGCUGCUAAUGAAGAUAAUGAGGAGGCUGGAGAUGAAGAGACCAAAGCUGAAGAUAAUGUUGAAGAAACUGCCCAGGAAGAAAAUGUAGAGGCAGAGUUGGUCUCCGUACAGUAUAGCUCAGGCUCUUUCUGUGCCCUUUGCUCAGUCUGUGAGCACUGCGGUACCUGUGACAAAUGUCCCUGUGAGGAAGGAGAAAUGUCAGCACACUGCAAUCACUGUGACGAUUGUUCCUACUGUUACAUUUGUCUUGUGAUCUGUGAAACAGUCUGCCAGCCAGGUGGAAUUCUCGAUGUACUGAGUGGUUCUCUCUACCAGUAAGGAUGCGACAUCUGUUCAAAACAAUACUUGCAGAAUAAUCAUAUUAUGAAUGUAUUCAUACCUGUUAUCAGCAUAGUUUUAUGUUGAGCCUUAUUUGUGUGUAUUUUUUGUCCUCAACUUAACCUACAGCACGGUAAACACGUUGCUCUGAAUACUUUCAGCAUUCUUCACAGCAUCAUCUUUUGGUGAACAGAGGAACUACAGACUAUAGUUUAAAGGGAUACUCCACCCCAAAA